GACCAGAAUUUGUCUUAGCUAGAUUUUAAGCAUCGACCAUAUCUCCAGCAUCAUCAAUUGACAACUACUGUCUCAUCCAUGCGAGCAUUUGCCUGAUUGCCGCUACUUCUUCGUUGAUGACCCGUUUCGGGUAACAUCCUAGUGACGUCAUCCAGCCAACUGCCCCUCCAUUCCUCCAACUCUUUCUACUUCACCUCAACUACUUUAAUCUCACUUUCUCCCAUCCUACCUUCUUCUCAUUUUUCUCCAGCAUCAAGACAUCAAAUCUGCAUACUACGAGGAUUCAUCUGACAGAAGUACCCUUUCAAAUCACUCAAUUGAUCCCCUAUUACCACCCCUACAACCAUCAAAAUGCCUCGCGCCGUUGGUGAAAACUCCAAGAUGUUCUACAAGGGAGCAUCUGACGACUUCGUUAUCUUCGUCGACAGUAACGACAUUGUGAACAAGUGGCGCAAGGACCGCUCCAUUCCCCUGUCCGACGUCGUUGACGGCUUCAAGAUCUUUGUCACUCACAAGCACGGCGCCCAGGGUGUUCUCGACAACGCCAGCAAGUCCAGCCUCCAGAACGAGUUUGGCACCGAUAACGAGGACGAGUGCCUGAUCAAGAUCCUCGAGAACGGUGAAUUCCAGGCUACUCAGUCCCGUGAGCGCCAGGAUGACACCAACUUCCGUAACGGCCCUGCUCUUCGAUAGAUGGCUUAUGCUUUUGUAAUGAGCUGAUGUGCUACUGCUGGCUGGCUGGCUGGCUGGCUAGCUGAUGAUCCCUGAUCCUUCG